AUGCAGAAUUAUUUGGUAAUAAAGGGGAUUUCUUGGCCAUGGUCGAGAAGAGACACGACGCAGAACGAGUCCAGCCCACUCAUACCAAAAGAUGGAGCUGCAAAACAGGCUGAUGAGGAGCUUGGUCAUGCCACUAGUGGAUAUCAAACAGGGACAAACGAUGGACAACACCAAAAUAACCCUGUGUUUCCAAAGAUUCAACCCCACUACAGUUAUUCUAUUAUGGACUAUUUCCUUAAAUACUUUAUGUUUCUAUGCAACCUGGUGUUCACAGUGAUGGGCAUGGUGGUGCUUGGUCUGGGGAUGUGGGGCCUCAUCAGCAAAGAAUCAUUUGCCCAGGAGAAGAUUGGCAGUAUAGGCACUGACCCGAUGCUAGUGCUUAUGACUCUGGGUUUUCUGCUCACUUUGCUCUGCUUGACAGGGUGUGUAGGUGCUUUGAGAGAGAAUAGCUUCUUACUGAAAGUGUUCUCGGCUACAGUUUUGGCGCUAAUUACAGUUCAGGUGCUUAUUGCCAUUAUAGCCUACAGCAUGCAAGAUCAGAUUGGAGGCUACUUGCGCUCAGGCAUGUUAGCCGCCAUGGCACACUAUCAAGAUGAUCUGGAUCUGAGGUUCAUCACGGAUGAGAUUCAGUCGAAUCUGCAGUGCUGUGGGGCAGAUAGCUACCGUGAUUGGGAGAUCAAUAUACACUACAACUGCUCAGCUCCAGGAGUGCUGGCCUGUGGUGUCCCUGCAACAUGCUGCGUGGAUCCUUUGGAGAACGGCACGGUGUGGAACUCUCAGUGUGGCGUUGGAGCUCAGCUACUCGAUGAGUUCACUGCUCAAAGUGUGAUCUUCCUGGGUGGUUGUUUGGGAGGAAUCUCUCGUUGGAUCGAGCAGAAUGAGAGUGUGAUUGGGAUAGCUGGAAUGGUUCUGGUUGGGGUCCAGAUUGUGGCUGUGUUUAUCACCACACGACUACUAGAAAGCAUCCACUGGCAUAAAAUCCACUCAGCAAGGAGAGAUGAAAACAGCAGCAUGCAAUGA